AUGAGGAUAGAAAAUAAUGGUGAUGGAAAUCAACAACGUGUCGAUGGUGAUGAUGAAAAAGAAAAUUCAAUAACGAUCGGGGCAAAAAGUUCUCCAAUUUCAAGAGUGAGCCAUUCUGGAAGAGAAAACUUGAGAUUGGACCAUGAUGAACUUGUACAUCAUUCUAAUUUGAUCAAUGAUUCAAAAGAAUGUACGAGCCUAGAUUUGAUUCCGAUCGAAGUUUUUCAACAUUCUUUUUUGCCAUUCGUGUCGGUUAGAGAUUUACUCUCAUUGCUAUCUUUGAACAAAUAUUAUCAGAAUAUUGUGGAUGCGAAUGAAUGUUGGAGAGAGAAGUUUUAUUUGUUGCUCCCAAAGUGCCAAUCUGCAUAUUUGGAAAAAUUGAAAUUGUUUGAGGUUGUUUGGAAAUCGUGUUUGUUUGGAAAAAUUAAAUUGACCAAAACUGCCUUACAAAAGGUUGCGUUUAAAGACAUUAGCUACAAGAAAUUACUAAGAAACGUAUUUGUGGAUGGAAAAUUAUAUGGAUUGAUGCUAUUUAAUACAGGAACACAUAAGAGAGUCUCAAAGCCUUAUUCAUACCUUCUACACAAUGAUAUCGAAUGUUUUAGCUCUGUAAAAUCUGUAGAGGCAGAAGACAAUCUAUUUUCACUCAAUGGUCAAGAUUUUUCAAUACUGAAAACCAAUAUUAAUCAUGCCAUUGAAACAAGAUUUCCUGGUGUUGAGUUUUUUACAGGUAAAUGUUCUGGGUUAGAUCAAAUCAAUGAUCCAGACAUUUCAAGAUAUUACUAUUUUGGUAUCUCUGUUGGAAUGUAUAUUAACUUGGUUCAGAUUUGGUACCCAUCUUGCGACUUGAUUACGAACGUUCUUGGACGUAAGCUACCCUAUAAAUCAUUCAAGAAACGACAAGAUUUUCAAGGAAAAGAAGGUAAAUGGGCGCUAUCAAAAAAUUAUUCCAAGAAUAUGCGAGGAAAGCUUGGUUGUAAUUUGGAUAUUACUGUUCAUGGAGUUUGGUCUGAUCUCACUGGUAGAGCUGGAUAUUUCACAUCUGAAAAUGCUAAUAAUAACAAAAUUGACAAGACUGAUUCUGAACUGUUGCAAAAGAAAUUACAGCGUUUGAACUAUGAGCAAUAUGACAAGACUUUUGAAGAACUUUCAGCAAAGACACUACAAGAGUAUUUGUGGAAUUGUGUAAUCUUGGACACAGGAGAAGAAUUUACCAUUCAAUUUUUUCAUGAUCACAAUUCGAACCAUAUUGACGGAUUUGUUACCAAUUACAACAAGGAACAACGUCCAUUGGAAUCAUUACGACCAAGUUGUGUGGACGGAAACAUUUUAGAUUGUUAUUUCUCGUUUAAUAUCAUUGACUGGAUUAAUGACAUUGCUAUUCACAAGUACUUGGUUCUUUGUGAAUGGGAAAAUAAUACCAUGCCAAAAAACGCACUUGUCAUCAGCACGAAGGGUAUUGUUGGCAAAGCCAAGUUUAUUUGUACAUUCAAUAAGCCAACCAAUGACGUAGAUCGGGUAUAG